CAACUAUUUUCCUUAUUAUCUUUAUAGGGUUUAGUAUUUGAGAAACUUAAAGCAAACGUCAGUUCAAAAUGGCCAUUUAUCAUUAGUGCGGCAGUUUGCUGGAUUCUACCAGUUAUUCCAGUCGUAAUUGUUCUCACUUCACGCGAUGGUUACUCUGUGCCGUUUUUUGCAAAUUUUUGCUUUCCCAGUUCACGUGAAAUGUUUUACUACACGGCAGUUUUGCCUGAAAACGUUUUAUAUGCUGUUGGUGUUUCCUUCUUAUAUAUUAUCGUUUGGAAACUUCUAAAGGUUUGCUUACAAUUACGAUUACCAUUUCUACAGCACAAAUUUCCAUGCGGAUACGAUCAAACACGCUUUACAUCAAGUAUUACGUUGACCUAGUUACAUACUUAGCCUGGACUAUUUUAUCUUUACAACAAUUGUGACAUUACGUUCUUAACUAUGUUUAUCCUAAUCCACCCUGUCAACUUUCCCUGCGGAAGGAAACGGGGGCACCCAGAGAAAACCCGCGACCUUCGGCAGAGCGUUGGCCGACUCGUUUCACAUUAGUCCGUAGAGUGAAUAGAACCCACGAUCGCAGAGGUGAGAGGCGCUUUUUCUGAAGACUGAGCCACCGAAGCGCCAUAUUCAGUUUGAUACUAGUAGAGGGUCUGCUACCCUGCGUAAUACUCAAUGUGAAUGGUCAUUGAAAAGUCCCAAUGGGGAGUGAGCCGAAUAAUGUAAUGUAACAAUAGACAAUUCCCAUUAUAGACUAAUUUUAAAAUUACUGUAGGCAAGGAGAUGCAAAUAAAUCACCACAGCUAGAAAGAGCAUACUAAAAUGAGUAAAAUUACAAAAUUUGGUUGCGAAAUGUUGUAAAAUGCGGAAAAUAUAUAGCCUUGCAAAGUUCGCAAAUUUUGUGUACUUUUGUAUUGCGUGCGGAAAUUGCUACCAUUUUCGGUCCAAAUGUGGUAGGAAUUUCCGCACCCAAAACAAAAGUAUACAAAAUUUGCGAACUUUGCAAGGCUAUAUGUUUUCCGCAUUUUACAACAUUUCGCAACCAAACUUUGUAAUUUUACUAAUUUUAGUAUGCUCUUUCUCGCUGUGUAUUUGCAUCUCCUUGCCUAGUUUUAAAAUUAGUCUAUAAUGGGAAUUGUCUAUUGUACAAAACUAUCUACAGGGCCUUUCAAUAGUAAAAUAUAUCUUAAUGCGCCCCAGUUUAUUACACCUUGUCUAUAGCCAGUGAGACUCAGUUGGUGAAAACGCUUUGAAUCUAUUACUAGGAGAGGCAAGCUCCAAUAACAGCUUCGCACGAUCAAGCAAAGACACGCAAGAGUAAAAUGGACAGUGUUGUCAAACGAUUGACGCUAUUAAUGAUUUUCUACUGUGCGACAGUCUACCUUACGUAUGGCAGUAAUGCGUAUCUUUUGAACAAAAGCGAAGCCUUGGAAACGUCCUUAAAACGUUACACCACUUGCGUGAAUGUUCAACCAAAAUGCCCUCGAGGUAUGUGGAACAGACAACUAAACAGAUAGCGAGCUGACACGUUUUUGUCGGUUAUCGUUCCAUGUUUCGCGCACCAAUAUAGUUUAAGGCCCUGUCACAUUAUUGCGUAUCGUACUAGCGUAUGCCAGCGUAUGAAAAAUAUCACUCAUACGCCGGUAUACGCUGACAUACGCUAGGGAUACGUUAGGCAUACGUUGUAUACGUUUCAAGCACGGUCGCAUACGGUGGCAUACGCCGAAACAGAAAUUUUUUUAAGCAUGUUCAAAAAUUGUACGUAUGCUUUAUAUGAUAAGCAUACUCUAGAGUCUAUAGGCACACGCUGAAUACGCUAGAGGUACGCCAGAUGUACGGUACUCAUACGCUGGCAUUUCAAAGGAUUUUUGUGCGUAUGAAAAUUAUUUCAUUAAUUUUCAUACACUUCUCAUACGUUUCUCUCAUAUGCAAUAGUGUGACAGGGCCCUUAGGGUUAGUUAGGGCUAGGGGUAAGGGUGUAUAUAUAUGUAUAUUGUUACAUGAAGAUCAUUUGAUCUUUGAUGUAACCCUUCUAACCAUCAUUAUCAUCUAUAUAAAUAUAUAUUUUAUACUUUCAAUUCUAGACUACAGAAAGUAUGUCUCCCAUAUUCCAUUGCUUCUCAACUACGUUGCAGCUGGCAUAUUCCCGCUAGCAACAGUAUUGUUCAUGGCAGCCAAUGAGAGAACGCGAAGAUUUUGGAAGCAACCAUUCCACCAACUACGCAACAUCCUAUCACAGCAUACAACCUCAAGCACUAACCUUUCAUCACAGCUUAUUAACGAGGGGAGUGAUAGACAAUUGACCAACAAGUCUGCAUAAAGAUCAACUUGUGGCCUAAAUUCUUGGACAAAACCUUCGAGACCGUUCCAGCCAAUAUUACAAAGUUAAUGCACAUUGUCUACCAUUAACCCCCCCCCCUUGUCUACCCUUACCCCCCCCAAAAAAAAAAUAUUGCAAAGUUAAUGCACAUUGACAAAACAAACCUUGUCUCCCCCCAGUUCAAUGUUGUAAGAUGCCGAAACAACUUUUGGUAAUAUACCACGACACAAGCUCAACAUUCAGUUGGGGAAUUUAAGUGUAUGCAAAUUUUGUAUACGGGGAAAAAUAGUCUCAACCAGUUAUGUCCAAGAUUGUAGGUCACUUUUUUCUCUGCUAGCUUGAUAUAAACAAGAACAACGCCUAUGACAGACAAUAGACAACUCCCGAAUUUGCUGGCUGGCAUUCGGAAAACUACUUUCAAUAGAUAUUUACAUGCAUUGUUUGAGUCCCUGAUUAAGAUAAAAUAUAUUUUUAAACCUGUCGGUAUUAUGAAAAUGAAGAGCAUAACUUUUGCUUGACAAGUUAAAUAAUUUCUAUAAAAAUAUUUCUAUAAAAUCAGUAUAAAUCAUGCGGUUAGUUAAAGCGGUGUAUUAUGAGCGCGCAUAAUCAUGGCUUACUGUGAUUUUCUAUGAAACUUAUAAAUGCGAGUUUUUUAUCGUAGUAAAGUUUUAAAAUUAAAAUUCUCAAAUUUUCAGUCGU